AUGACGGUAAAAGAAGAGGAAAGCAGUGAUGAAGAUAGUGAUGAAGAUAGUGAUGAAGUAAGAGAUGUAAGAACGCGAAAAAUCAGAGUAAUAGAGAAUGAAUAUGAAAGCGACAGUGAUUCCGCAGAAGAAACAGAAAUUUCGGAAUGGAUAACGUGCACAGAAUCCGAAGAAAUACCACAAAGAAUACCAUUUGUACCCGGCGAAAGAUCCGCAGGACCACAAUUAGUAAGCAGCUUCCUUGAUUACAUAAAUUCCAAAUUCUUGAACUACUUUAUACCAGGACAACAGAUUUGUAUGAAUGAGUCCACUAUCAAAUUCAAAGGUCAGGUUUCAUUCAUUACCUAUAAUCCAAAGAAAUCAACCAAAUGGGGUAUUAGAAUUUACACAAUAGUAGAUUCCAACACUGGCUAUGUUUGUGGUAUACUACCCUAUUAUGGAGCUCUGACAACAGAAAAAUUGAUAAGACCUGACCUUCCAAUAUCAACUAGAAUUCCACUGCAUCUCUACACGAUGAUGUUGGAAAAAAUUCCCGGUGCUCAGGGACACCACCUAUUCACGGAUCAGUAUUAUACUAGUUAUAUUUUGGCUAAAGAAUUACGCGAACUGAAGUGCCACUUAACUGGGACGAUCCUAACAAAUAAGAAGGAACUGCCAUUACUAAUAAGAAAACCAGAAUUCCAGAAGAAUUCUACAGUAGCAUAUCGCAAAGGUAAUACUUUAGUUUUAGCAUGGAAGGACAAAAGGAUUGUCACGUGUUUGACCACUUGGGAUAAUGCAGGUGUAACUGCCACAAAAAGAAUUUUGCGAGGUGGUAUUGAAGUUACUGUAAAAAAACCUAAUGUUAUAAUAAAUUAUAUAAAAUAUAUGGGUGGUGUUGAUCAAGCUGACCAAUAUGCUUCAACAUACUGUUUUUUAAGGAAGUCCUUGAAAUGGUGGAGAAAACUAUUUUUUUGGGGUUUAGAGAUCUGCUUAAUCAAUUCUUAUAUUCUUUAUAAAUCAGUAAAGAAGCAGAGAAACGAACGGCCACUUACUCAUCUGCAGUAUGUAAAAACUUUAGUUGACCAAUUGAGAGGAGAUUUUCACCAGACACGAGAUCGAGUUUCUACUUCGACCUGCAGUUUUGAUGAAAUUCGAUUGAAUGGAAAGCUACAUAUUAUGCUAACAGGAGUUAAGAAGGAUUGCAAAGUUUGCUCUCAACGAAUAAAGUCUGGCGAAAGACACCAAACUACAUAUUAUUGUGAUACUUGCCCUGACAAGCCAAGGAUGCAUCUUGGAGAUUGUUUUAUAAAAUACCAUACAAAGCAACAAUACAAAUCUUAA